UCCGGCUCGACCUGCAAUAACUAUUUGGGCGGAUAUACAGAAAAUCUGCUGUCAAGCCGACCGACUGUCAGUGCAGACAAGGCAAACCUCCGAGAAAGGUUGGCGGUAGGCCUCGGAGCCGAUGAGAAACGUACAGCCUCUAAACAACAGUCAGAAACAGAUACAACAAGCAGCUCUUUUCUAAAGCAGGAUUUAUAAUAUUUAUUUUGACAGUGAGACGCAAAAGCAUAACAAAAGAAUCGGUAUAAUGUUGUGCGGUCCACUGUCGUCUAACAACCACUUUCAUCUUAAGCGAGAGAAUGUACUCGGGUUUGACGCGGCGGCUGCCAUGUACAGAGGAUGGCAGCGGGCACAAGUGCUGCGUUCGAUAACACCUGAUGUGGACAUGAGAAGCGACUCCAAGUCUAAAGUGUGCGACUUAGAAAUAGAAGCAAGCGUCCCUGUGAACAAUCAAGUCGUUAACCCCAGCGGCUCUAAAGAAGCCAAAUUUAGAGUGCUACAGAAGAGGUUUUCAUCGCUAGGGGCAAUUGGGGUCAUAAGUGAAAGUGAUGCUUGUGAUAGACCAAGCGCUCGCAGUGGGGAGCAGAGAACCACAGCAAGUGGAAAAGGGAGAAAUUUUCCCGCGCAAUCACCUUCAACCGCGCGGGAAAGUCGCGUCCGAAGCGAGGUUUCAUUGUUUCUUUGUCGUCAAUCUCGUAUUCAAGGGUCCAAUACAAGUGACAAUCGAGUUGAACACGAGCGACCAUGCGUGGAGACUCCUGUCACAAACUACCCACCACAGGGCAAGUAUAUACUAAGCAAAGCAGUGUUGACUCAUUCAAAUGGCGCGAAGGUACGCAGAGCGUCUGUCCAGCACAUCGGCUCGCUAGCGAAAUCCUAUUUUGUUCCGGGAGAAGAGAAGAAAGCGAGAAAGAUGAGCUUGCCAAGUCGGCGGACAAGUGAAGUGAUCGUGACACAAGGCAACUCGACUAUCGGUUCUAAAACACACGCUGAAAGAUAUAUUGAAGACUGUAGUGCUGAUACGGAGUUACAGUGGGAAAGACUUGUAGCAAGAGCACGCUCUUUCCAAGUGCUAUCGCCUGCUGCUCGGGAUAAUAGACCAUACAAAAGAAUUGAAAGAAAAGAAGACGCAAAGAUUAUAGAAUGCAACCGGGUCAUUCAUCCAGUUACCGAAGAUGGCGAUGGGAGUGAAGGAGAAAAUAGUGAUGUUUGUAGCGAGGCAUCGCAUUCAUCUAGUGGUUCCUCUAUACUUGGAGAAGCGUUUGCCGUGAUAGCGAAACCUAUCGCGAAAAGAUCCAACACUAGUCCAGACGAUGGCAAACUUGUCGCUGAUUCACUCAGCGAGACGCCUCCGAAAGAAAGCGUGUGCACAGUGGAUAAAACGCCUGUUAAUACAGAUGCCCAUGGUCAUCUUAGGAGAUUUUCGCUCGCUACUUUGAGACCACAAGCGGAAGCUGUCGAGCGCAUGUCAGGGUAUAGCACUCACGGCGCUCUGGAGUACGCCAAAAGACUACUAGGAAAGGUGCAGGAAGAAGGAAAAACAAAAACAAAAAAGGAACGACUCCAUGAUAUGAGCAAAGCCUUGAAGCUAGUUCUGGAGGAGUUGAACAGAAUUGAAACACCGGACCAUGAGCUUGUGAGUUUGUUUAUUAGUUUGCGAGCGAAAAUCGUGAAUUUAAAAGCUGAAGUGAAACAGGAAGAAGGCACAGAGAGCCCCGAGGAUGGAAGUGCAGAGAAAAAAGCUUUGAGAUUGUCAACAUUGUCGACUGAUAGCAGUCAAACUGAUAACCUCCGUACUUCUCACUCGAGAAGAUUCAGUUGGUGCUGACAAACGAGAAAGUGGAUAACUCUUUAUACCAAUUCAAUAAUUAAAUGUUUAAAUUGAUUGAGCUACGAGAAAUACGGUUUCACUGCGUUGAUAUAAACGUGUGGCAUGGCAAGAGAACAAAAAGAAACAAUAAGAUGUAAAUAUUAUAUAGUUAUGCCAAACAUUGAUCAGACUAUUGUUCAGAUUAUGUAUUGAACACAUUUAAUUCUGUCGCAGUGAGCCAUUAUAGUUAUAAAGAAAAUUACAACGAAAACAACCAUAUGCCAGAGGCAUACUUUGAACUAAUAAAUAACAGACGUCAAAA